CACACAAAAUCUUGUCUAAUCGGUGGGUCAAAAUUCUUCAAACUGGAAAGAUUGUGGAGUCUUACAAAGAUUACACUGGAAUUAGUUCCUUUUACCCCUCUAGGAAGGCAGCCGUUUUUCCAAAAGUUUUUUUUUUUUUUUUCUCUUAGUAAAACGUAUGGCUCGGAUUUCAAAAUGCAAACAGAUGUUUCUGAAGCAUCCGAAUGGCGAUUCUGAAUCAUUUUAUGUCUCAACCCUACAAAAGGCAGAAACGCCCCCACCCCACCCGCCAUGCCUUUGGUGUGUAAGGACACACUUUUGUAGGGAGUGUGAGGACACAGUUUUCCAAAAGUGGCUGGGCGAUGUGCGGGGGGGGGGGGGGGGUCAGGUGGUUCUGGGAAUCAGGACUGGACAGGAGAAACUUUGAGGGCAAGCGCGCGCGCAGACAUCUCCACGCUGGAGGAGCCCCGGACUCCCGCGUGCCCCCAUCGCCAUCCACUCGGUCCCACUGGAACUCAUGGUUGCUACAGUUAGUUCGAAGAUUGGUUACUUUUCGCAGCCAGAGUGGCAGGACGGCCUUAGUGUUGGGGCGCGGGGGAGGGGACUACGCAUCGGAUCUCCGCCCCCGGAGCCUCCAGCGAACCACCACGCCUGGGGAGGGGGUGGGGGGUCGGGAGAACCAGAGCUGCGACCUCUGCCCUUCCCCGCGGUACCGGUGCCGGAGACUGGAACCCGGCGUCGCGCCCACCUCGGCUGUCAAGAGUGGGGGGACCCGCUACGCCGGGCCUGCCGGGCCGCCACCUUCCCAGGAAGAAGGGGGACGGGGGGGAGAGGCCUUGGCGGAGUCCGGCCUCGAUCUAAGAGGAGAGAGAGCCUCGUCUCGGUGGUCUCUCCCCGGCUCUGGGCUCUCGGGAAACGCACGCAGGUGUCAGGAGUUAAAGGCAUCUGGCAAAACAUUGGGAACAGAAGAUGGCCACUGUGAAUCAGCCCAACUGUAAUACAGAGUCACCAACAGCCCUGGAGGAGGUGAAGGCUUCUGACGCCCCAGGGAGCCCCCAGGGACCCCCUGAGACUCCAGACCAUGGUAGUUGCCUGUUCCUGACCGCCCGAAAGGAGAGCAUCUCCGAAGAUGAAGAUCUUGCCCAGGCUGGCAGUGGUCCAGGGCCCAGCAGUGGGGGGCCACCAGCCCAGAGCGCAGGGGCGUGUGCCUCUGGGGCUGUGCUGGGCAGGAAGAAGCACCGGAGGCGGUCAUCGAAGCGCAAGCGGCACUGGCGGCCCUACUUAGAGCUGAGCUGGGCUGAGAAGCAGCAGCGGGAUGAGAGGCAGAGCCAGAGGGCCUCCCGAGUGCGGGAGGAGAUGUUCGCCAAAGGCCAGCCCGUGGCACCCUACAAUACCACCCAGUUCCUCAUGAAUGACCGCGACCCAGAGGAGCCCAACCUGGAUGUGUCUCAUGGGGUGUCCCAUCCAGGCUCCAGUGGGGACAGUGAGGCAGAGGACAGUGAUGGGAAGGACCUGGCCCGCGGGGAGUUCCAGCAGAGGGACUUCUCUGAGACCUACGAGCGUUACCACACGGAGAGCCUGCAGGGCCGCAGCAAGCAGGAGCUGGUUCAAGACUACCUGGAUCUGGAGAGGCGGCUGUCGCAGGCCGAGGAGGAGACGCGGAGGCUGCAGCAGAGGCAGGGGGGCACCGGCCAGCAGCCCUGUCACCAGGUGGAGGAGCUGGCUGCUGAGGUCAAGAGGCUCAGGACGGAGAACCAACGGCUUCGGCAGGAGAACGAAGUGCGAUUCCGAGAGGGCAGCCACCGCAGUGGGGAGCCUGGCACCUAGGAGCACCCCCAGGCGUGUGGACCCAAGGACAAGGCCCCAUUUCCAACCCACUUAGGCUAGAUGGGUCUCAAGGCACUAGUGGCAAACAAACAAAAAUCACUCUCAGCACGCCUGGCCCCUGAGAACAGCUGAGACAAGUUCCAACUUCUGCAGUGGGCUUUUUGAUGUCUUCUUACUUUUUCCCUUCUUCUUCUUCUCUCUCUCUCUUGUUUGGUUGUUAUUCAUUUUACUUUUUACAGAGAAAUUAAAUGAUGUUGAUGAACCCCAA